UCUUUCUCCCCUAUUUAAAUUAUCAUUUCUAUCAUAUUUACUUCCUAUCAACUUUCCCUUUGCCUCUGAUAUCACUGUGCUCUGUGCAACUCAUUUAUACUCUCUCUUCUCCUACUCCUAGAGGUUACCUUUUUAAAAAUUCUUCCUUCGAUAGAUCUCUCAGGUUCUUUCUAGUGUUAAAAGUGAAAAUGGGUGUUCUUGAUCAUGUCUCUGAAAUGUUUGAUUGCUCUCAUGGUCACAAGAUUAAAAAGCGCAGACAGUUGCAGACGGUGGAGAUCAAAGUGAAGAUGGACUGCGAAGGCUGCGAGCGCAAAGUGCGGCGGUCGGUGGAAGGCAUGAAGGGUGUCUCAUCUGUGUCGCUGGAGCCCAAAGCCCACAAAGUCACUGUUGUUGGCUACGUCGAACCCAACAAGGUGGUGUCCCGUAUGGCUCACAGGACCGGCAAGAAGGUCGAGCUCUGGCCCUACGUGCCCUAUGACGUCGUGGCUCAUCCUUACGCCUCCGGAGUCUACGACAAGAAAGCACCCUCGGGUUAUGUGAGAAGAGCGGAUGACCCUGGAGUUUCGCAGCUGGCUCGUGCUAGCUCCACUGAGGUCCGCUACACUACUGCCUUUAGCGAUGAGAAUCCAGCUGCUUGCGUGGUCAUGUGAUUUGUCAUUCUAGCUGCAUGCGUGGACCCUUUCAGCUGUUUUUUAAUGUAUUGGUGUGUUGUUUUUGUUUUUGUAUAUUAAUACCACCAUAUGGUAGGUUUCUUGUGCCUAGUUUGGACUCUGUACUCGUAACGCUCUUUUAUAAUUGUAAUGUUUUCCUAUUUAUGCUUUUGUUUCUCGUGUC